AUGUUGGUUUUAUUUUUAAGUUUCGCUGUUCUGAGAAUAUCUGUCAGCUUAAAUCAACUUCAGAGGUCGUUGUCGCACGUCAAUGAUAUGCUAGCUGACAUCGAGGGCAAAAUAGAAAGUGAACGAAAGUUUCUGACACGACUCGAUUACGAUGUGAAUUUCAAAGAUGAACCAAGAUUCAUGGAAUAUCCAACCACAGACAUUUGGUGGGAAGACUUCCGAUUGCCAUUGCCUGGUACGACAAAACAGCAAGCGGAAACAACGCGUAUCCUGUCAGUCCGACAAGCUGUAUUAAAUACUACAGUGAGCGACAACCAGCGCCCCAACCUGACCACUAGAAUUACUUUGAUAGCCUCAGCCAAAUCCCCAAACUUAAGCGCUCAAAUAACCACUACAACAGCACACAGUGAAAGCCAUGAUCCAUUGAUACGUGGCAUAGUAAAGAAGUGGGUGCGCCAGUCCAACCAUUCACAGUCUCUUGUUUCGAAAAGCGAUAUUCCGAAUACAGUGCCUGUAUAUACAUCUAGUACACCCUCCGUGUUCAUGACAACAGAAGAUAUGGCGUUGGAUAUGACCCACCCACCUAACUGGCCAUUCCCGAAUAAUAGCGCGGUAUCACGUCACACAUCUUCAGUUGCUGCUCCUCCAACAUCACAACGGCGAACGGAAUUCUCCAACAUCACAGAGAGAUUCCUGAAGGUGGAAGAGUAG